GGAAAAUUGCAGUUAAAACUAUCAUUCCCAAUUCUUUCUAUGCAUAUUGUGGUGCAACUGUGUUAGAGAGUGUCACAUAUGCAGUUAAAGUAGUGCGGAUUAUACACUUAGUGAAAAAUGAGUGGGAAGGGGCAGGGUAAAACCAGGCCUCAAGAGAAAAGACUCAUGGUCUACUUCAGGGAGUAUUGUGAUUAUACAGGAAUCCACGGGUUUCGGUAUAUCGGGGAAGAUCGAACUUUGGCUGAAAGAAUAUGGUGGACUAUAUGGUUGUUACUCUCCAUGAUAUUCUGCGGAUUGAUGGUCUACCAAAUAUUCGACAAAUACAUAAACUACCCAGUGUUAAUAACGUUUUCUAUGAAGGAAACGCGCCUCCAACAAAUUCCGUUUCCAGCUGUGACGAUAUGUCCUAGGGCUAAGUUUUCAUUGUCGCAUUUCAACAUCACUGCUGUUCUUGAAAAAAUGAAGGCUGAUAAUAUCACUGAAGAAGAAGCACAAAAAAUUGGCUACGCUUCGGCAGUUUGUGAAUUCUCCCAUUUUAAUAAGACGGAAAGCUAUUCUCGUGAAGGAUUUUAUAAAUUUCUCAAUGAGAGUAGACCUUCGAGUAUAUUCAAAUACUGUUCGUAUCUCGAGAAAGAGCCAGAUUGUACAGAAUUUUUUAAGCCCAUAUUGACAGAAGAAGGGGUUUGUUAUAGUUUCAACAUCUUGGACAAGACUGAUAUGUUUAGAGACAAUGUCGAGUUUAACCUCCCCGAUUUUCAUUCAACAUCCCAGAUACAGCAUUGGGAUGUCGAAAGUGGAUUCACGGCUUCACAAAUCCAUACUUAUCCUCAACGAGCUUUAAGAAUAGGACAGAAGAACGCAUUUUAUGUGUUGAUGAAAACAAGAAAAUCGGAUAUAGAGUAUGAGUGCCCCAUGGGCGAGUCUGGAUACAGGGUCAUCCUUCAUUUUCCGUCUUGCUACCCCGACGUGACGGAAAACCACUUCACGGUUCCUCUGGGACAAAGUGUCACCGGGGUCAUCAUUCCUCACAUGAUAAAAACAUCAGAAGGUGUAAAACGAUUCCACCCACAGACGAGGGAUUGUUACUUCCAAUCCGAAAGACCCCUGAAGUAUUUCAAGGUCUAUACGCAGGCAAAUUGUCUGUUGGAAUGCAAGACAAACUAUACUUUGGAUAUAUGCGGAUGCGUUGGGUUUCAUAUGCCUAAAACUGAAGGUACUCCAAUAUGCUUAAUGGAGAAGUUAUACUCUUGUAUGGAGAAUGUGGAAUGGGACGUCUUUUAUACAGUAUACAACGACUACGCGGUCGUCGAAGAAGAAGUGAAACAUCCGAAUUUUACUCAAUGUGACUGUCGCCCAAUGUGUACAGACGUCUCUUACAGAUUGGAAAUGUCACAAAAUCCGAUUUUAUACAGUCCCGGAAUGUUCGCUAAAAUUAAUGAUAAAGAAGAAUUUCCUAUGAUGCACUACUCGGUUCUAAACCUAUAUUUCAAGACAAACCAUAUCGAGACAAGGGAAAGAAACGAACUGUACAGCUUGUCCGAUGUGAUAUCCAAUUUUGGAGGCCUACUAGGACUAUUCACAGGAUUCUCGAUUUUAUCCGCUACAGAAAUUGUGUAUUUUCUAUCGUUGAGAAUCUGGGGAAACAUCAAAUUAUUUGGCCACUGGAGCGGACCAGUACAGAAUUAGAUUUGGACAUGGAGCUUGCAUGGAAAAAGGAAAAUAAAAAUGUGUCUCAGAAUACUAUCAACAAACCCGGAUCAUCUUCAGAUUUGUGUUGGAUCUGUCGCUUUUUGUAAAUAAAAUAGUUAUGUGCAGAUAUUUAUUUUAAUUGUAUUUACUUAUAGAACGAACUGUAUUUAUGUUCAAAAAAGACGUCAAGUAGGUUGACUCGAUGCUUUUCACGCAAAGAGGCCAUGGGUUGAAGGUCUAUGCGCUGGCAGACAUUUUAUCACUAUUUAUUGAAGAUUGAGUUUUGG